CAGCCAGCCAACUUUCAAACAUGAAGGAAAAAUCCAGAAAGUAAUCACAAAACGUCCCUUGGAGAGCGUUCCCAAAUAUGAGUGAAAAAUAACAAGUCCCUGCACUCAGUUCAGGAGAUGUUUCACAGGACAGAAGAGUUCUUACCCAAAAAGACAGAGAACGAGAUGGAUGAAAUGGACACAUCAGAUACCCAGUGGGGCUGGUUCUACCUGGCAGAGUGUGGAAAAUGGCAUAUGUUCCAGCCGGAUACCAACAUUCAGUGUACAGUAAGCAGUGAAGAUAUUGAACAAAGCUUCAAAACAAACCCUUAUGGCUCCAUUUCUUUUACUACUUCCAAAUUCAGCUACAAGAUAGACUUUACAGAAAUGAAACAAGUGAACCUCACCACAGGCAAGCAGCGCUUAAUAAAAAGAGCCCCCUUCUCGAUCAGUGCUUUCAGUUACAUCUGUGAAAACGAGGCCAUCCCCAUGCCCCCACACUGGGAAAAUGUGAACACCGACAUGCCCUACCAGCUCAUUCCUUUGCACCAUCAAACUCAUGAAUAUAAUGAAGUGGCUAGUCUUUUUGGGAAAACAAUGGACCGCAACAGAAUUAAAAGAAUUCAGAGAAUUCAAAACCUAGACUUGUGGGAGUUCUUUUGCAGGAAGAAGGCUCAGCUCAAGAAGAAAAGAGGUGUACCUCAGAUCAAUGAGCAAAUGCUCUUUCACGGAACCAGCAGUGAAUUUGUGGAAGCCAUUUGCAUUCAUAACUUCGACUGGAGAAUAAAUGGUAUCCAUGGUGCCCUUUUCGGAAAAGGAACCUAUUUUGCUAGAGAUGCUGCUUACUCCAGUCGUUUCUGCAAAGAUGACAUAAAGCACGGGAAUACAUUCCAAAUUCAUGGCGUGAGCCUUCAACAGAGGCGUCUGCUGAAAGCCCAGAAGUCUAUGUUUCUUGCCCGAGUGCUCAUUGGAGAUUACAUAAACGGAGAUUCCAAGUACAUGCGACCCCCUUCCAAAGACGGGAGCUACGUGAACUUGUAUGACAGCUGUGUGGAUGACACCUGGAACCCCAGGAUCUUCGUGGUGUUUGAUGCCAACCAGAUCUAUCCCGAGUAUUUAAUAGACUUUCACUAAUUUUACUUCCAAAGUUCACCCGCCGAGGGCAUUUUAUUCUUUUUUUAACAAGAAGAUUUACUCUCUUGUCAUCUAGCCACUAAAUGUUAUUUUUUCUGACACUUUUGAAACAUGGAAAAAGUGGCCUCCAUAUAAAGAGACAUA